GUGUUGAUCAACUAAGUUUUAACUGUUUUAAUUCAUUGUAUUAAUUGUUUUGCUGAUCCAUUAAAUUUGCAAAUAAUUUCACAAUUUAGGUGAUAUUGUUCAGAAAGUAAGAACGAUAUAAGCGUCAUUAUCAAUUAAUAAAUAGACAGUUAGGUCGACGCUUACUAAAACACUCACCCGAAGUUUCCAUAUAAAGAAAGUAAAGAAAGAAAAAUGGAUCAUAUGCUGCCAAGUCCGUAUAACAUACCUGGAAUAGGUACACCAUUGCAUCAACCUGAAGAAGACCAGCAAAUCUUGCCUAAUGCAAUGCAACAGCAACAGCUUCAACAGCAACAGUCCCAGGCACAACCGUCACUUGCCGCUCUGGGUUCGUCGCCAAUUGUAGGAUUUGGCGCAAUCAUGGGGACUCCACAGAGGUCUAUGCACACAUAUGCACCAACAGCCAGCUAUGCAACUCCGCAACAGAUGAUGCAGCCUCAAACUCCACAAAAUAUGAUGUCUCCGAUGAUAGCUGCAGGAAAUCUAUCAAGUCAACAAAUGCUAAGCCAAGCUAGUCCUGCCCCAAUGACUCCUCUGACACCACUCUCUGCAGACCCUGGAAUUUUACCACAGUUACAAAACAUAGUCUCUACUGUAAAUCUUGACUGCAAAUUAGAUUUGAAGAAGAUUGCAUUACAUGCUCGUAAUGCUGAGUAUAAUCCCAAACGUUUUGCCGCUGUAAUUAUGAGAAUAAGGGAACCGAGAACAACAGCUUUAAUUUUCUCAUCUGGUAAAAUGGUCUGUACUGGUGCCAAAAGUGAGGAAGACUCCCGUUUAGCGGCAAGAAAAUAUGCUAGAAUAAUCCAGAAAUUAGGCUUCACAGCAAAAUUUUUAGAUUUCAAAAUACAGAACAUGGUUGGUAGUUGCGAUGUGAAGUUCCCCAUAAGGCUUGAAGGCUUAGUACUAACACACGGACAGUUCAGUUCUUAUGAGCCUGAAUUAUUCCCUGGCCUUAUUUACAGAAUGGUCAAACCUAGGAUAGUUCUUUUGAUCUUUGUUUCAGGAAAAGUUGUAUUGACUGGGGCCAAAGUAAGGGAAGAAAUAUAUGAAGCCUUUGACAAUAUAUAUCCAAUACUUAAAAGUUUCAAAAAACAAUAGUUUACUCUCUCUUAUAUUUCAUCCCAUAUGCUAAGUUUAGCUCUAAGUAUAUAAUUGUGUUGUUAUUAAAAAAAACUUUAUACUAA